UAAGGAGAGGGGAGAGGGCAUGAGAUAAACUGUGGUAGAUUCAGCGGCAGACGUUGGAUUGGCAUGGCUGUGUGCAGCUCAGCACUGAAAUCUACAUCCACAAGGCUCCUGCCUGGACAUUUGGAUUCUCUCUCAAACAGCCUUAAAAUGAUGCUGGACAGAGGAACACAAAGCGUUGCUCUUUUUUCACAGCAUGCUUUCGUGCACUGGGAGAUAGAGAGGGAAAUCUAAAGGGGGGUGGGGUGGGGGCAACAUCACCACACACAUGAGCGAUGCUCCGUGAGCUCCUCGUUUUCUUUUCAGACCGUCUGUCUUUUUUGCACAAAGAUCUGGGACUAAUGGACGGAUGCAGCAAUGCAACUCUCUGCUUGUCAUGCUUGAAUCAUAUUUUCAUAUAUCCUUUUUUGUCAAAGCCCUCCUUGUCGUUGUCUGUCAGUGCUGUCAGACGAACUGUGGGGUAGUGUGGCGGACACAGCGUUCUCCUCAACCCCYCUCUCCCUUGUCUGUGUCCCCGACUUCUCUUCAUUCCCGGCUUGUUCGUGUUUAUUCACCUCUUCUCAGCUCCACUCCUCUCUGUGUUUGGCUCAGUUUAUCCCACUGCUUACUAUCUCUCUCUCUUCGCUUAUUUAAAACAAAAAGACUGCUAUUCUAUUUCAGCAGCGAGCUACAUGAUCUCUUGGAAAACAGUUUUCGCUGCUAUUCAGCCAUCUCAUAAUUCUUCAACGCUGUCAGGAUUCCCUGUUCAUGACGUCAGAAUGCUUAUUGACGAGGAUUGAUCCCCUCUACCCCAAUCACUCAUCCCUUCCCCUCCCUUGCCCUGAUCUCUUGCCCUCUGACCUUCACCCUUUUGUCCUCAAGCCCCACCCACCUUCCUUUUUGUCCCUGACCUAAGCCUGUUCUCCCCUAACUCCUUUGACCCUCUUGACCAUGUUGCCAUGUGUCUGCCGGCUUCAACCUAUCCUCGUCUUGCUGUCCUCUGUMUUUUGGACCCGGGGGGAAAACUGCCCAGCAACCUGUCAGUGCCCAGAUCCUCACACCGUGGACUGCAGUGGCCGUGGGUUGACCCGUCUUCCUGAAGAGAUCCCCUUGGAUGUUCGAAGGCUUCUUCUAGCUGACAACUGGAUACCCCGCAUUCCCUCCGAUUUUCUGGUUCUGUACAGUGACUUGGUCUAUUUGGACCUCCGGAACAACACCCUAUCCUGUAUAGAACCUGGGACCCUGAGCACCUCAUCCAGACUGGUCUUCCUCGAUCUGGGUAGCAACAAUCUGACUGAAAUCCCCAAGGGGACUUUUGGGGAAUCACGCAGCUUGAUCAAACUGCGACUGGGAAACAACCCAUAUUUGAGCAUGGUGAAUGAGGACGCUUUCCUGGGCCUCACCUCUUUGCGAGAACUUGAACUGGAACGUAACGCACUGUCUACGCUAAAAGUGGGGGCUCUAAGUCAGCUGCCCUCUUUACGCGUGGUGAGACUGGAGGGCAACCCCUGGGUGUGUAACUGCAACUUUGCCAACCUGUUUGAAUGGCUAACUGAGAACAGUCACAAGCUUCCAAAUGGUGUAGAGGGCAUGGAGUGCUCCCUGCCCAUGGACGGCAGACGUGUCUCCCUGACCCAGCUGUCUAAAGACAGCUUUCGAGAGUGCCAGGCCACGCUGACUCUAACAGACCUGCUCAUCAUCAUUUUCUCUGGCAUCUCUGUGUCGGUGGUGGCCAUCAUGACCAGCUUCUUUUUGGCAUCGACGGUCCAUUGCUUCCAGCGCUGGAGUAAAGGAGCCAAGGGAGACGAGGAGGACAGUGAGGAGUGAAAGCAUUUUGUGUCGAGAGCGUGUGUCAUCCUGGAACUUCAAACUAUUUGAAGACACUGAAGUCAGCCCAGCUGUUUCUUACCAGGACUAAAGCACGAAGUGCUACUGACUCACUUUAAACAUGGACAUGAACUAAUUAAAGACAUUCCCAAGGAAUGAGUACCAAUCAAAGGUUAGUGAGUGUUAUACGCCAUCAGCAAAAUUAAAUUAGGGAUCACUUUUUGUCUGUGAAUACCUCUGAUUUUUAUUUGCACCAAAUGGGUUUGGGGUUAAGGUCAAAUGGCCUAAACAAAUUCAAUAUUUUGAGGCCAAAACAUAUAACAAAGAAACAUUUAAACGUAAAAGGUGUUACUUCUGCUGUCACCUUAGUAUUAGAAAAACUAAAACCCUUUCAGCAUCAACUCACAUAUUCAGCCUAAGGAUCCAAAUAUCUAUAAAGUAUUAGAGGUAGUUUGAGAUUUCUGAUCACCUUCAUUCAGACUUUAUCUUUGUAAAACAAAGUACUCGACUGACUGAAGAUCCACAACAUAAAGGAUGUUUUAACAGCCAAUAACCUCAGUUUUUAACUGCUGCUAACUUGUUAAGCAGAUUCUUCCCAUAUGAAAAAGCCUCAUUCACGAACAGUAAAGGUUUUUUUUUUUUUACCAAAACUGAAAAAAUAGGUUAACAAUACCACUUGUUUUGAAUCAAAGAGUGGCAGGAAGCUGGAAAAGAUUGAUAUUUUCAGGCAGAAAAAAGUUGCAAGUAGAUAUUUUCUCACUUUAGCCGUGUUAUCGUUAUUUAGUCUAAAAUUUGUAUAAAAGAAUCAAAAGAUAUAUAAUCAAACAUUAAAAUCAAACAAUACACUGUAUGUUCCUAGACUGAAACUAUAAAUUAUGUAGAAAAAAAAGAAUCCAAAAUAUACCCAACAUAUUCUUGAAAAUGAUGACAAACAUGGUGUUAAAUUAGAAUCUAUGUAGAUUUAUUCAGUCAAAUAGCACACCUUAAAUGGUAAAUAUAUUUUUGGCAAGUUUCUUCAGAUUCAUACUGUCUUCAUCUGCCAAAGAAUAGGUUUAGGUAGAGAGAAAAAAAAGUGUGAUAUGAGGGCAUUUCUGUGAGGGAUGUGCUAUKGAGUGAGGUAGGGAUAGCUUCAAAAGAGAAAGCAAUUUGCACUUUGUAUAAAGAUAUUAUACUCCAACAGUUAUGGUCUCCAAAGAUUUACAUUUUCUUCCUGUCGGUGACUGAACCAGAAGUCUUGCUGGGCUUCAUCCACACCGUGUUCAACAGCUAUUAAAUCACAGAGCUCAGAAGCAGUAGUUAUUUACCAUGUGACAGUUUUCAAAAAAAAAAAAAAAAACAGAUUGCAGGCUGUGGUUGUUUGCAAGGUAUCUGACAGCUUUUUGUUUCUUUUCUACAAAUCAAUUAAAGCUGCAUAAUGUGAUUUAUUUUUGUUCACAGCAGUGAUAGURCAAUACACUUCAAAUUAAAUUAAUCUUUUUUUGAAUAUAUGCAUUUAGUAUUUUUAAAUCCUUACAAAGAGUACACUCUUGUACGUAUACAUUUAUUUUUUGAUUUGUUUUUCUCAUGUAAGGCAUAAAUAAUUCAGCAGCAAUGCUGAGAUGUAGCAGUGGGUAUCAAAAUAGCCAUGAGCAAAUAAUUAUCGUAACWUAUUAUAGCUAUAAAGGAUACAACACUCUUCCAUCUCUUCUGAAUGAAAUACAACCCUUAAUGUGCAGAAUC